UGGAGGGCUCAAAAGGCGUCAAAGUCGUUUUUGAGGGAGGUACAUCUACAUAUGUUGUGUGCAGCACAUCAAAACAUUGUACAGAUCAUUGAUGUUUAUGCUAACAGCGUGCAAUUCCCUCAUGAAUCCAGCCCUAGGGCACGGCUCCUAAUUGUUAUGGAGAUGAUGGAGGGGGGCGAGCUGUUUCACAGAAUCAGCCAGCACCGGCACUUCACUGAGAAGCAAGCCAGCCAAGUAACAAAGCAGAUUUCUUUGGCAUUGCAGUAUUGUCACUCGCUAAAUAUUGCACACAGAGAUUUGAAGCCAGAGAACCUACUGUUUAAGGACAACUCUUUGGAUGCUCCAGUGAAAUUAUGUGAUUUUGGAUUUGCCAAAGUUGACCAGGGUGACCUAAUGACACCGCAGUUCACCCCUUACUAUGUCGCUCCUCAGGUUUUGGAGGCCCAGAGAAGACACCAGAAAGAAAAGUCUGGGAUUAUUCCUACCUCACCAACACCGUACACCUAUAAUAAGAGCUGUGACCUAUGGUCACUUGGUGUUAUAAUUUAUGUCAUGCUGUGCGGCUACCCUCCGUUCUACUCCCGGCACCACAGUAGAACAAUCCCAAAAGACAUGAGGAAAAAAAUCAUGACAGGAAGUUUUGAGUUUCCUGAGGAGGAAUGGAGCCAGAUCUCUGAAAUGGCAAAAGACAUUGUGAGGAAGCUGCUGAAGGUGAAACCAGAAGAACGACUUACCAUUGAAGGAGUUCUAGACCACCCCUGGCUGAACUCCACUGAAGCUCUGGAUAAUAUUUUGCCAUCUGCACAGAUGAUGAUGGACAAGGCAAUGGUUGCUGGGAUACAACAAGCCCAUGCGGAACAACUUGCCAACAUGAGAAUACAGGAUCUGAAUGUUAACUUGAAACCUUUAAAUAUUGUCAACAAUCCUAUUCUGCGCAAGAGAAAACUUCUUGGAACGAAACCAAAGGAUAGUGUUUAUAUCCAGGAUCAUGAAAAUGGGGCAGAGGACGGAAACGUUGCUUUGGAAAAGUUGCGAGAUGUCAUUGCACAAUGUAUACUUCCACAAGCUGGAGAAAAUGAAGACGAGAAAUUAAAUGAAGUGAUGCAAGAAGCUUGGGAAUAUAAUAAGAGCUGCAAAUUAUUUAGAGAUACACUGCUGAGUUUCAGCUGGAAUGGUCGAGGAUUUACAGACAAAGUUGAUCGCCUCAAACUGGCAGAAAUAGUAAAACAAGUUAUUGAAGAACAAACAAAUUCUCAAGAGGACUCUCAGUAGCUAAAGUGUUCACUCCCCUUCCUACCCGACCCCUUUUUUUAAUCAUUAUCCUUAAAACGUCUUAAAUAACUGUAAAAUAAUUUUAUGUAAAUUAUUUCACUGAGUUUUCACAGCUUGAACAUAGAACAUGAUGUAGAUAGAUGUGAAAAGAAAAUCAUUGGUACUGUAAUUUAUUUAAAAAAACAAAACAAAGAUUUAAAGAGGGUUUUUCACACUAAUAUAAUAUGUAGAAGCCUAGCAGAAGAACUCUGCCGCUUAUAGUUCUCUUGUAGCCUACAGAAAAUGUGGGCUUUCCUAUUUGUCCUUACAUAUCCAGCAGGCUGCUAUAUACAUAACCACAGGUGCAAGCAGGCUGCUUAAACCUUUUGCUGCCAUAGGUGGCGCUGCAGUCCGCCUGUGGCAGCCAAUGUGUUAACAUACUUGAAUAUAGGCUUUGUUGGAUGUAACGGAUCAGUUACACUGGCUCUCAAUUUCCUCAGGAAUGAUUGGAAACAGCACAAGCCUCUCAUCUUGCUCACCAGCUGCUCUGUUAAUGUGCCAGUUGAAUUCAAAAGGAAAUGACACAUCCGAUUUACUACUUUUAUUUAUAAACUAUUUUUUUUAUCCUUUCUUUUAAAACCGAUAUCAAGUUGUAGAAAUCUUUACAUCCGCGCAAAGCCUGCUCAGAUUUGACCUCAGACAGGGAACUAGAUAACAAUCCACUUGUCAACUAUCCAUAACAACAAGAAUCUCCUUUAAAGGCCAUCUAUGUGUUUGUUGCUGUUACUAGUCGUCACAACUGGAAUGUAAUCUAUUACACAUUCUCCUGUUAAUGACAGGCAUUGCAGGCCUUACAGAUUGUAAAGUCAUUUUAAUCACUUAUGGUUUCACUUUUGUUUUGCUGCAGGAACGUUUUAAUCAUAUUUUUUAGAAUACAUUGUAGUUUUUAAUUGUAGUGUAUUUUUCUUUAUUAGAAAUUAGCAUUCUGUGUGUAAAUGAUUGGUGUGCCUGAAUAUGCAGUGACAAGCUGCAGACUAAGUGCCAACUGUGCAGUUUUAUAAAAUGCUACAACGUAACUUCAAUGUGUUAUGAACUUGUAUUACACGUGGUACUGUACAAGGGCCCCUUUUCUGCCAUUUCCACAUACUGGUGAAGAAAUGUGCAGUGCAGCUUGUAUCAUGGUUCAAAAUCUUUGCUAAAAAUCUAAACUCUUCCUUGUUAGAAGUUUCUGUAGAAAUAUUGACUCUUGUGAGCAACUUGUUUACGUGCACUUGCAAAGCAAUAGUUAAUAUCUUCUUUUGUCAUAUAGGAAUUGAUUCACAGAAUUCUUAACUGCAUUGGCCAUAGACCCUCUAAAACUUAAGUUUAGUAGAGAGGGGGUAAAUAAAUAAAGGCAUCAAUCUUUGUGUGCGUUAUGCUGCCACAUUAUAUAAGUAGAUCCAACAAUCCCUUUAAAUGCUAUGUUAAUUUGGAUAAUGUCUGAUUUCUCAUUUGCCUUUCCUUUUUUAGCUGAAGUAUUUUUUCAGUCCUAUGAAUGCCCCUUCCAUAGAUACAUACAAUACAAAAUCUUAGCUGUAGUCCCUGUAGAAAUGAAUGCUGCAUGCUCAACCAUUAAAAUAAUUUUUGGCCCUGAAGAGUACAACUUGAUUUAUAGACAGAACUGAUCGUUAUUCCGUCAGAAAAUAUAUUUGUUUAUUAAAUAGGUUUUAUGUAAAAAAAAUGUGCUUAUCUCACACUCCCUAGAGGCCAGAAAGAACAUUCUAUUACCUAGGGUUUCUUUCAAAUGCUGCAACCUGCCUAAAGCAGCUAUUGAUUUGCAGCAAUUUGGUUACAGAAUUUGCUUUUUGACCUCUGACCACCAAGAAAUCGUAUACCUUACAUAUCCCCAUCUUGGCAGCUCCUGAAUAGCAUACAAUACAGUUUUAUACAAAACAGCAAUUUUCAUUUGUUACGUUAAACAAAACACCGGAAACCCCCCCCCAAAAAAAGUAGUUUUUUUUUUUAAGUACAGAAAUAAUCAUUUUCCCUUCAAAAGUUAUUUUUUUACUUAAGCAUUUGAGAAACUUUAGUGUAAUGCAUUUAAAAUCAGGUGCUCCCAAAAGCAAGUGGAUGUUAUACAUAAAUGACUGUGAAUAGGCUUGUCUUGCAUAUUACCCGACACUGCCCUCUAGUGGCGAAAGCGCCAUCUCCAUCUAAAAUGACAUGUAACCGUCUAAAUAGAAUCCUAAAAAAAAAUACCUUGCUCAUGGAUAUCUUGACAUAUUGGAUUACAGCAUUUCAUUUUUGCAUUAGAAUGUACUUUUUAAUUGAAUACUGCUGCAGAAGUUAAGUAUAGAAUGAGUGAAGCACAUAUGUGCAUUAUAAUUAUCAACUGACCUACAAGAUCCCUGGCCCAAGCAAAAGCAGAAAGGGUGUUUCUUAACAAACAAACAAAAAAACACAAACCUUUGGCAGGUAAAAAUAGGUGCACAUUAAUUAUAAUUCAUUAUAAUUUUUUAACAUCAUUGUAGCAACACUAUGCUUCUUAUGUGUCUAACCUUCAGAAAUUAAAUGAUUAAGAGCUUUUUAGAGCCAAAAUGUUUGUUUCGAUUACACACCAGAUACAUUUUCCCAUUGAUCAAGAUAAGAAGUUUAAAGUCUAUUAACAUUUUCUACUAAACCUUGGAUCAUAUAGUUUAUAUCUACUGUAAGUGUUAACACUAAGUCAUAUAUGACACUAAUUCAUUUCCAGAAAUGGUUUCCUAUUGAUUUUUUUUUCAGCAGUAAUUGAGUUACAAACAACAGCUUUGCAGUUCUGUACAUUCUCCCAUUUGCUGUAAAUUUGCAACCUGUAUCAGAUGGCUUUGCAGCUUUAUCUCAUUCAGUAGUUAAACUGAUAUUACCUUUGUAGAACAGAUUGUGUAUAAAACAAUCAUUAUGAAAUCCCUAAAGACAGAAAAGCCUUUUGUCAUUAAAAAUGCAUUCCAGCUCUGGAUCUCAUGAUAAACCGCAGUAUGACGUAUAUGGCAAUGUGUCUCUCUUUCACAGCACAAUGUAUGCUGUCAGCUCAUAAAAACACAGCACAGUAAAUGUAUGCUGCACAUAUUAUCAUAUGUACUUUUUAGAACGAAUGUAUACAAAAAUCCCCCACCUUUUUACUCAAGACCAGAACCAUUGCAGCUUCAGAAAUCUGUUCAAGUAUGAAUAAUCCUAAUGUUUAAAUUCAGAUGUGCCUUUAAAAAGACAAAGCAUAUACAUAUCUACCCAGCAGUUGGGUUAAUUGGUUAAUAUGUCAUUUACAGAUCACUACUUUAUAAAGUCAUGCUUAAUACCUCAGCGGCAAAAAGACUGUUUUAGAUUUUCAUUCAUUCACAUUGUUUACAAAGCUCUAUCCACUAAUCCAACUGCAUAUGUAUUAUAUUAUUAUUUAAUGCCACAAAACGUAUUGAAUAGGAGAUUUCAUCAAACAGCAGUGUGAUACUUCCUUGAAGCCAUUCCUUGCUUGUGCCUGCUCGGUAUGGGAAACAUCUCUCCUGACUUGCAUUUUUGGAAUAGACCUGUUCAUAUUUUACAUCUGACAAUGGGUUUAACAUUUGUAGCAUGUUACAUAUAUCUCAGCCAGUGCUGUGGUGACUGGCAUAGAGAAGCUUUAUUCUAGUAGUCUAGAAACAACAUCAUUAUAUGUUUAUAUCUCACAUAAACUUGUUUUAUACCCCCAGAAUGUACUGUAGAGCUGCCACAACUCUAUCUAGAACAAAUUAUACAUAUUGACCAGACCCCUCUUAAAGCUGAGAUUUUAAUAUGUUUUUUGUUGACUAAAUCUUCACAUUUUUAUCAGUUUCAUUGACUAUAAUUUUUAAACUGACAUGCAAAGUUAGCUUCUAGAAUAUUGCAACAAUUCCAUAAGUGAGUCUCCAUUUAAGACAGUUGAAAUUAGAAAUAGUUAAUUUAUUCUCAAAACUCUGUUGUAGAUUUGACACUGUAUGUACUUUGUUUCGUCCUAGGAGUUGGUAUGUGUGUAUAGGAAUUUACAGAUUGUGUUAAGCAGGAACUAUGAGUCAAAUGGUUACUUUUGAAUAUACAUUAGUUUGCAACUUUUAAUAAACAAUGCAGGUACAUUUAAUAUUA